AUGGGGAAUUCCUACGCAGGCCAACUGCGAACCACACGCUUUGAGGAGGUCCUUCAUAACUCCAUUGAAGCAUCUCUCAGGUCCAACACCGUGGUGCCUCGGCCUGUCUUCUCACAGCUGUACCUCGAAACAGAGCAGCCACUGGCACAUGAUGGUCGUCCAGAGAAUGAAGAAGAUGAUGAUGAAGAUGGGUCAGAGUCAAACAGCCCUCCGAUUCCCUAUCAGAUGAAGCCUCCACCUGAGGGAUGCUGCACAACAGACGGAUUCUGUCAGGCGGGCAGGGACUUGCGUUUAGGCUCACUGGCGUCAGAUUCCCUGGAUGUGCCCCCUGGGUUCAUGCUGGUCGGGGUGAAGUCCCCCUCCCUCUCUGACACCCUGCUGGUGUGUGCUGUGGACCGCCGCUUCCUGCCAGAUGAACGGGGUCGCAAUGCGCUGCUGGGCUUCUCUGGAAACUGUAUGGGUUGUGGAGAGAAAGGCUUCCGCUACUUUACUGAAUUCUCCAACCACAUCAACCUGAAGCUCAGUACCCAGCCCAAGAAACAGAAGCACUUGAAGUACCACCUGUAUCGAAACAGCCAGGGCAUACUGGUCAAAGGUGCUCCCAUCUGUUGGAGAGGACAUGAUGGCAGAAUAAGACAGAUAGACUCCAGCCUCCAGUCAGAAGGCCAAGUGACAUCAGAUGAACAGACCCCGAACCUGACGGCUCAUCAGUCGCCCACACCUGGCAGCCUCACAGGAUCACAUGUGGACCCAGUUGGUCUGCCACAAAUAGCUGACACCCCCCACACAUUAACAAAUGGCAGCCAUGCUGUUCCCUCCAUCACACAGCCACCACUGACUCAGUCUGGGCCUGGAAGAGGCUCAGCUACAGGGCCCCAUGCAAAUGCUGGACCCCCGAAAAAGAGGCACAAGGGCUGGUCCCCGGAGUCAUCUGCCAAUACUCAGACAGAAACCACAGCAAAGACGUCUCCCUCCACCGUAUCAGUACCAGUGUCACAAAUAAAUGCAGCCAAAACUGAGACUGCAGCCCCACUGAGUUCUGCACAGGGACCCUUAAACCCCCUCUCUCCCCCAGGGCUGUCUGUAACAGUGCCUGAUCAGCUGCUGCAAACCUGUAGACUCCAACCUGUCAUUUUUAAAGGUCAUGGUCCUCUUCCUCAGCUGACAGGUAACAUCAGUGAAGUUCUCAUCAGUUCUUUGCUGCAGAGCUGUUACCUGAGUUCUCAGACACUUCCCAGAGUGUAUCAACACUAUGGACCUUCACCCAUUCAGCCACUGUCAACUGAGAUGCAGAUUCUUCUGACGGUCUACUACCUUGUUCAGCUAGGUCCUGACCAGGUUCCCCUGAUUGAAGACUUGGAGCAGAUAUUUAUGAGGUCAUGGAGGGAGUCUCACCUCAGUGAGAUCAGACAGUACCAACAGCCUCAAACACCGGCCACCCAAGGGAGGCAUUACAGCAUAGAGACCCCCACCGCACUGCCCGGGUUCCCCCAGCAUUUCUCUUUGCCACCACAGAGUCAACAACCCCUGACCCCUAGUCAGCUCCCCUGGCUGGCCCAGCUGGCUGCAACAUCCUGUGGAGAGGGUGUGGUUGUACUAUGGGAGCAGCUUUCAUCUAUAGCUCAAGGUCUCCAACAAACCUUUACCAGGUUAAUGGAUGGACGGCUUCAAAACACAAACUAUGUAGUCGUUAUUGUCACUCCACCAGGACAGGAAACGCAGUCCUGUGUGGUGGUCACAGGGAAACGCCAAUGUCGUGCUUUGGCAGAGAGUAUGUAUUCUCCCAAUGAGGGACUGAGGGAAAUCAACCACCAGCUCUCCACUGGACUCGCCCAGGAGCUGAUCCAGUACUGCAACUCCCUGGAACAAGACUGUGAUAUGGAUUCACUCCUGGAUGGUGCCACUGUGGAAAGCAAUGAGCCAUCUCCAUUAUCUAGCAGUCAGGAGUCAGCUGAGGAGAAGGGCCUCAAAAACACACACAGUCCAAAGGAUUCACAAACAGAAGCGUCAAAAGAUUGUCCUAAAGAUAAAGCAUCCAGUCUUAAAGAUACCUGUUCAGAGUACUCUGUCCAGUGGCGUGAGGUGCGGCCCAUCCAGCUGGCAGUUGCCCGAAAACUGCUAUCCCAUGUUUGUGCCAUAGCAGAUUCCAGCACACAGAACCUGGACCUCGGCUCCUUUGACAGGAUCAGCUUCCUCAUCCUGGUCCCACCCUCCGAGGUCACAUUUCAGCAGACUGUCCUCCACCUCUGGAGCUCUGGGGUUCUUCAGGAGCUUGGGAGCUUAGAUCUGGAGUGUGUUUCUCCUCGAGAGACGGAGCGUUAUGUAGUAAAGAUGGAUGAGCAUGCACAGGCACGAAUUGAUAAACUUAUCCAGGAAGCACAUAGUAACUCCUAUACACUCUACAUUCUCGUCCAUGACCACGCCCACUGGGAUAUCAGCAGUGCAUCCUACUGUGGCUCUGAUACUGGUUUGGGUUCAGUCGACCGGCUUUUGAACUCCAGACAGGUCAGAGAUGCCCCAAACAUCUUAAUUCUCCAUGUCACUUCCUUCCCCUUCGCGCUGCAGACACAGUACACUCGCAUCAGCCCCUACAAUGAGAUUCACUGGCCUUCUGCAUUCAGUAAUGAUGUGGAUCUGUAUCAUGAGAGAACAAGAUACUUUGGCGUGUCUGAGCUUCUGGAAUCGACCCGUUCAGGGAGCAGCAUGCCGCUGAUGCGUUAUGACUCCUCUUUUGAAAGCAUGGCAUCAGCUUUGGAAGAAAAGUUUCCUAAGUUACACAGUGCUGUGAUCCGGACUACAGUUUUGGUCCAGCAUUACUGCAUAGCUCUAAUGGCUGCUUCUGGUAAAAUUAGCAGCUCCCAUAAUCUUCACAAACACACCUCUGUGGAAACCAUGGAGAUCGUCCAGUCGCUGCUCAGUGCUGCUCAGCAAUGCCCAGCGCACCAUGGCCACAUGGUCCUGUUGAGGAUCCCCUCUUUGGCUCUGGCGGCGUGGGCCCAUCGUCGAUUAUCCACAGUGAGGAAGCAACUGGGUCUGGAGGAGAGUUUUGAGAUCAUACUGGGGAAUCCAUCUCACCCUCUUAAUAUUGGAAAGAGCUUUACUGAUCAGAUCAAGAUAUGGCUAAAGAUCCAGGACGGUGACUGGGUUCCUCAUACCUAUCUGGAACUGGAGGCCCUUCCCUGCAUCCUGAUCUUGUCAGGAGCAGAGCCACUUGGAGAAUCACUGCCCAGGUCGCUGAAGUACUGUGACCUUCGGGUGAUAAGCUGUUCCUAUCUUCAGCGUACUACACUUGAACAAGAGCUGGGACUGGCCGCCUAUCUGGUGAGGGCGGAGUCACGACUGCCGCACAACCCUGGACCUGGAAGUGACUCUUUAGAGAGUGAUGCAGAAAAACUCAGCAGUACUGACAAUGAGGAGGAGGAGGGACAAGAGAACGGUAAGAGGAAGACAGAAUCCCCUCUUUCCUCCAGCCAGCCACUUCAAUCAUCCACAGACAAUGGAGCCGCAGAAGCCCUCCCUGCACAUAGCACCACCUCUGUGAAUGUCCAGAAAGGGAGCGUGGACACCACUCAGCCUCCCUCACAACCCCAGACUCCACUUCAGCCCCAUGUUUCAUCCCAUUCACAUCUGCAGCCACAGUGCCAAAUCCAGCCAUUAUCUCAGACAGUUCCCCAACACCAGUCUGUCUCCCAGGUGCAAAUACCGCACCCUCAGCCUCAGCCCCUACCUCAUGCUCAGUCUCGUUGCCAGCACUCCAAAUCGGCCUCGUCUGGCUCUUUGUCCCCACGAGCCUACUCUCCUCAUCUGAGCUGCUCCUGGGCUCGGUGUGUGAGUCGUCCUCCUUCUGUUCUCCUUCCCCAUGCUCUCUAUGACAUCAUCACAGCCAGUGACAGCAGCGGGCUUCCAAGAUGUACCUCAUUUUUGCCACACAUAUCGGUCGCAUGGGCAAGCAGCUUCAGGCCGUUGCUGAGUAAGAUGAUGACAUGCACAGAGCAGUCGCUGUAUUAUCGCCAGUGGACUGUCCCACGCUCCUAUCACAUGGACAGCAGCAAUCGUACAGAAGGACGGAGUGAUAACUUUCACCCUCGCCGGCUGCUUCUCAGUGGACCUCCACAAGUGGGUAAGACAGGAGCGUACCUUCACUUUCUGGGUAUUUUGUCUCGGAUGCUGAUCCGGCUCAUGGAGGUGGAUAUCUAUGAUGAAGAGGACAUCAACUACAGUGGCCAGUCUGAGGGGGUACAGUUCCACCCACCUAAUGCCCACUGGCCCAACCCAGACACUAUGAGGACCAUGCCCUUUGACUACAACAUCCACGACCCCAAAUAUGAUGACAUUAGCAAUGUCUAUUGUUCAGCCUAUAAACCAAAUAUUGAGGGAAACCCUGUGCGCCAGGAGGAUGUGUACCUACGACGACGAACAUCAAGAAUCAAACUGUCCAAAUAUGCAGCCUAUGACACCUAUCACCAUUGUGAACAGUGUCACCAGUACUUGGGCUUCAACCCUAGAUAUCAGAUGUAUGAGUCAACACUGCAUGCCUUCACUUUUACUCAUCUGCUGCUCGGGGAGGAGAUCCAGCUCUAUUUCAUCAUCCCAAAGUCUAAAGAGCACUACUUCAGUUUCAACAAACAAGGAGGACAGCUGGAGAGCAUGAGGCUGCCUCUCACAUCUGACUGGAGCCCAGACGGCAUCAAGAGUCCAAUCUUCACUCCGACUACAGGUCGUCAUGAGCAUGGUUUGUUCAACCUCUUCCAUGCAAUGGAUGGAGCUUCACAUCUACAUAUCUUGGUGGUCAAAGAGUAUGAAAUGGCCGUGUAUAAGAAGUACUGGCCCAACCAUAUCAUGCUGGUGCUGCCUACUGUCUUCAACGGAGCUGGAAUCGGAGCUGCUCACUUCCUGAUUAAGGAGCUUUCAUAUCACAACUUGGAGCUGGAGCGCAGUCGCCGUUCAGAAGGAGGGAGCCCUGCAGUUGACGUCUGGCCCUUCAUCAUCCUGGCUGAUGAUUCAUGUGUAAUGUGGAACUCAGUGGACCUUAAUGCACGCAGCACUCCAGCAGAACACAGUGUGUCGCUGAAGCAGGUGUUACAGCACAUGGAGGCCUAUCCAGAUUUGGCCCACUAUGGACUCUGUGGGAUCAGGAAGUGGAGUAGCCGUGGAUUCCCAGGUAAUGGACAGAGGGAGCCUUUUUCCCGAGGGCACCUUCACGACUUUCUCCUCCUUAAUGUCGACCGGAGCCACAAUGUCCAGUACGACCAGAACCGCUUCACCUGUCAUGACGUGGACUUCACCCUGAGACUUCACAGUGCCGGGCUGCUUGUCUGUCGAUUUAACAGCUUCAGCGUCAUGAAGAAGCAGAUCGCCAUAGGAGGGUACAGGACAUUUAUCAUCAAGACUAAGAUGACAGAUGUUCCUACCUCAGUGGGGCCUUCACAGUAUGUCUGUGCCCCAGACAGCAAGCACCUCUUUUUGGCUACACCGGCUCAGCUGCUCCUGGAAAAAUACCUCCAACACACCAGCCAGAAACUGUUUCCACUUAGCACCAGGAACUACACACACCCGGUGCUCUCUGUGGACUGUUAUCAUAACCUCGGACCUGAGGUGAUGGUAUGUUUUGUGAGUUCCAGACCUCACUCUGUCAACAUCAGCACCACAGGGCUGACAUUCAGCGGCCUUCUCCUCUGUUUUGCCGACUCUUUUGUGACUCCUGGGUUCCUCAAGAAGUUCACCUUCCUCAAAGGUGCGACUUUGUGUGUCAUCAGUGCAGAUCGUAGUUCCCUGAGGCAAACGGUGAGCAGGCUGGAGCUGGAGGAGGAGUGGAGGUUCAGGCUUAGUGAUGAAUUUCAGACUGCCAACGCCAAAGAGGAUCGACCACUUUACUUCCUGACUGGAAAACACAUAUAACCGGAGCAUGAGUAUACAGGGCCGACAAACACUCAGAAAAUCAUCUAAAUCUGUCUGUCUAAUCUGACAGUGCAACAUACUAAAUAGACCAGGGCACUAGUGUCGGUAAUUCAUUUAUCAGACAGGGGUAGUUGUUUGUUUACCUGCAAUAUUUCUAUUUGGAAGACAGUAUGAACCUUUACCAGACUAGACUAGGACACUACGCAUAUUGGCAACAUGUGUGAGACCUACUUGGAAGCUUGUGUAGGAAGAAUGACACCAUGUCAUUACCCAUCACUGCACACACACAAUCAAAUUUGUGGGUUUCUGUUGUGGUAAGUGAUACAUUCACUGUCAGUGUUACGAUUAUAUUAUAGUUUGUCAUGGUCAAGGAAGUAUUAAGAAAUGGCUUUAGUAAAAUAUACAUUUGACGUGGCCUUUGCUUAUUCCUGGUUAUUCUGAGCUGUAGUCAAAUAGAUUUUCCAGGCAAACAUCACAUUAAAAUUGUGUCAGUGUUAUGAUACUGUUUACAUUUUCUCUGGUUUGUGAAUCACUUCAUAUCACUUUAUUGCUGACUGUAUGAUAGCCUUUUGUUCUGCU